AUGGUUUGCGGCCCUUCUCUGCAGCAGGGGUCAUCAGGGCCUUCAGCCCUUAACCUUUUGCGCGGUGUCUGUACACCUCAAGAUGAGUGCAGCAGCAUCAGCAGCAGCAGCCGCUGCAGCAGCAGCAGCAGCAGCAGCAAUGGUUGGCUCUGCGGCUUAGUGAGGCCCUGCCGAUGCAGGUGGUGGUCCCUGCUGCCGCUGUUGCUGCUGCUGCUGCUUGGUGCGGCUGCAGCCGCAGCAGCAGCAGCAGCAGCAGAACUGCAGCAGCACGAGCCCCCUGUCUUUGCUUCUUCUUUAAAACUUGCGAAGCUGCAGCAGCGGCUACGCAAACACCACGCGCAUGCAGCAGGACCCCUGCUAGCCCUGCAGCAGCAGCAACUGCUGCACCAGCAGCAGCAACAGCAACAGCAACAACAACUGCAGCAGCAGCAACAGCAGCAGCAACAACAGCAGCAGCAGCAGCAACAGGAGGAACAGCAGCAAAAUGAACAGCAGCAGCACCCUGGCGCUGCUGCUGCGUUGCUGUCUGUCUUCAAUGAUUUGCUUGUCUCUUUCAGCAGCAGCUGCAGCUUGUUGGCUUUUGCUGCUGCUGCAGUAAACGCCACUUUUGCCGGGCUGCUGCUGCGCAGCAUUUGGAUUAAUCCCCUAAAGAGCAGCGCAGCAGCAGCAGCAGCCGCAGCAGCAGCAGCCAGCAGCGGCAGCAACAGCAGCAAGAAUACGAUGCUACCGAUUGAAAAGGGACACUUUUGGAGGGCCCGGAGAGCAGCAGAGAGAGUUAGAGUAGCGCUUGUUGUUUGCUGCAAGAUCUGCAGCAGCAGCAGCAGCAGCAGCACACUGAGCGAGGCGCAGCAGCAGCUGCUGCGCGAAAAACGGUGGCUGCCGUGGCUGCUCGACGGGCAGCAAGAGUCCCAGUCAGCGCUAGCAGCAGCAGCAGCUGCUGCUGCUGCAGCAGAAGCCGCAGCUGCAGAGGCCAGAGCAGUAGGCAGAGCACCGGAAGCAGCAGCAGCAGCAGCAGCAGCAGAUGAUAACUAUGAUGCUUCCAGGUCUGAGGAUGGAAUUUUACUGGCUCCUGACUCUCCGUGGUAUGAAGAUGAAGCAGCAGCAACAGCAGCAGAGACGGAAACAGAAGAAGAAUCACCAAAAGCCACAGCAGAAGCAGCAGCAGCAGCAGCAGCAGAUGAGUCCUCCCUGCUGCUGCGGCCGUGUUCUGACUUUGAUAUUGUGUCCCCUCUGAGUGCCAGCAGCAGCACAACCUUGCUGCAACCAGGUUCUCCCCUCGCAGCAGCAGCAGCAGAGGAGGAUGAGGAAGCAGCAGCAGCUGCUGCCGCUGCAGCAGCAGAAGAGGAAGCUGCAGCAGCAGCAGCAGAAGCAGCAGCAGUUGACAGCCUGCUGCAGUCCUACGCACACAAACCGCCGCUGCUGCAGUGGCUGCUGCACUACGGUGUCUCCUUUUUGUGGGCCUUUCAGCUUUGCUGCCUUGCUGCGCUGCAGGGGCCCCUAAUGGGGGCCCCCGAAGCAGCAGCAGCAGCAGCAACAACAGCAGCAGCAGCAACUGUAGCGGCAGCAGGAGAGACAAGGACGGGAGAGCUUGCGUUCGUCAACAGCAGCAGCAGCAACAGCAGCAGCGGCAGCGGGACCUCAACAGCAGCAGCACAGCAUCUGCUGCUGCUGCUGACAGAGCUGCUGCUGGGCAUUUCUCUUUUGUGGGCCCUUCUCUCAGAAGCAACAGUCCUCAGUGGCAGCAAGCAGCAGCAGCAGCAGCAGCAAAAGAGGAGACGCAGAGGCAUCUUCGUAGGGCUCUUGCUGCUGCUGUGCUUCUGCUGCGCUGGUGGCUUGUGUUGGGCCAACGCCGCAGCUGGAAGUGUGGGCCCUGCAGCAGCAGCAGCAGCAGCAGCAGCAAAUAAAGAGCAGCAAUUCCUUCCGUUCCACUCAAAUGAAGCAGCAAGGGACGCAGUUGUCCGCUUCUCAGUCAGUGAAAACGAGCUGCACCACCAGCAGCAGCAGCCGCCGCAGCAGCAGCAGCAGCAGCAGAUCGCAAGUGCAGCAGCAGCGGCAGCAGCAAACAGAUAUGGGGCAGGAGCUAAGCAAAACAGAAUAUGGGUUCCCUUCAACGCCGAUGGGCUUUCUCGUACUUCUGUAACAAAUGCGCAGCUAGGAAAUCGGCAGCAGCAGCAGCAGAAGCAGCAGCAGCAGCAGCAGCAGCAGCAGCAGCAAGACCAACAACAGCUGCUGCUGCCGCUGCGUCAAGGCACACAGCAAAUGGGCCCCGGAGGCCCUUCCAAGCUGCGCCUAGCCCCUGCGGUGCUCCCGGUGGCCGCAUUGCAGCGCAGCAGCAGCAGCAGCAGCAGCAGCAGAAACUCACAGUGGGCUGAUGUACCAGCAGCAGCAGCAGCAGCAGGUGCUGCUCCGCGCCGCCUCAGCGAGGCCGAGUGGAGCCCUGCUGCUGCUGUUCGUUACUUGCAAGCAGCAGGAGGCAUGGGAGCAGCAGCAGAACCCAGCAGCAGCAGCAGCAGCAGCAGCAGCAGCAGCAGCAGCGCGCUGUGGCGGCGUGUUGCUGCUGCAGCAGAAGGUGCAGCAGCAUGGAUACAAGCAGCUGCUGCUCCCCUCUUUCCCCCCGGGCUGGGGGCCCCACAGUGUUUGCUGCUGUGCUGCUUGCUGCUGCCGCUGCUGUUGCUGAGAGCUGCUGCUGCUGCUGCUCUUCUGGACCUCAUCAGAAGCAAAGACGCGCUGCAGCAAAAGAGAGACUCCUCGCAGAAGAGCUCCAUUCUAUGGCUGGUCAGCACGAGGGUUUAG